AUGGAUACCGUGGCUCAGUUGCGAAGCCAGUGGUUUGACUACACCCAUUAUCUGCGACGAGAGAGAUUCUUGGAUGAUCAGUUUGCACAGCUGAAGAAGCUUCAGGAUGCAAGCAGCCCGGACUUUGUGUUUGAGGUUGUUUCUCUGUUCUUUCAAAAUUCUGAGAAGGUUAUUAACAUUAUGGCCGAGGCUCUAGAGCAGAAUGUUGUAGACUUCAAUCAAGUAGUUAUCUAUGUCCAUCGAUUGAAGGGUAGCAGUGCCUGGUGUUUGGGGUGUUUGCAACAAGCACGACAAGAAUGCUUGGAAUUAAAGAACAAGCUUGAAAACUUGUUUAGGUUGGAGCGACAAAUCGUGGCUGCCGGUGGAUUAGUUCCUGUGAUGGAAUGA